ACUUGAGUUCAGGUGCGCUGUCGCAGAGGGAGCUUUCACACAAACCGGAGAAGGGCGACUUUCUUCCUGGGUUGCAUUAAUGGCUAAAGAAGUGAGAAUGGGGUAUCCUGUGUGGAUGUUAGCUCUGGCUAUGCUGUGUGCACGUGGUUCUGAGGUUAGAGCCCAGUGCUGGGAGAACACCGACUGCAGAGAUCUAAGCUCUGACAGAAAUAUCCUGGAAUGCAUCAAGCUGUGCAGAUCUGAGCUCACAGCAGAAUCUCCCAUCUACCCUGGAGAUGCCCAUCUCCAGCCCCUCUUGUUCUUGCCCAAUGAAAUCCCCGCUGCCACACUGUCCACUCCACAAGACGACGAAGCUCCAGAGUCUGGUCCACAACAUGAAGACAAGCGCUCCUACUCCAUGGAGCACUUCCGCUGGGGCAAGCCCGUGGGUCGCAAGCGCCGACCCAUUAAGGUGUACGCCAACGGGGUGGAGGAAGAGUCAGCCGAGGCCAUGCCGGCGGAGAUGAGGCGCGAGCUGGCUGCUCCCGAGGAGAGCACCAUCAGCCAGCAAGAGAAGAAAGACGGGCCCUAUAGGAUGAGUCACUUUCGCUGGAGCAGCCCACCCGCCAGCAAACGCUACGGAGGCUUCAUGAAGUCCUGGGAUGAGCGCAGCCAAAAGCCGCUGCUCACGCUUUUCAAGAACAUCAUCAACAAAGACGGACACCAGAAGAAGGACCACUGAAGAACUGUUCAUUAACCUGCAUUAUGCAGAAAGGUGUUUAUUUCCCCAUAGAUGAAUCAUAUUAAUUGAAGAUUAAGCCUGCUGUACUGAGUAGACGUUGGAUUAAGUUGAGAGACUUUAAAGUUAACUAAUAUUACUUUGUUCUUUGUUGUAGUCAGCAGUACAUUCACCGUAUAAUCUAAAAUAACUGCAGAAGUAAUAUGUUGAUCACUUACUGCCGCUGUAUUUAAUAAAAUGUACUAUAUUGUAAAAUAUGAAAAUGAUAGCUAUAAAAGAAUUGUUUUUCAA